GGCAAUCAGCGUGGGACCACGCGUCCCUACGAUGAGCCGUCCAGCCGGCAAGUCGACGGGCGGCGUACUCUACACGAACGCCGAGAGGGCCUCGUUCAACGAACGCUGGUCCCAGCCAUCGUCUUCGCACCGGCACAAGUUCCUCAACAAAUUCGGAUCGCCUCUAGGACGCAAGCGUCGUCGCAAGCACCGCGACCCGGCGGGCGACCACUCGCCGGGUACGACGGAGCCUGCAUCCAGCCCGGACUAUCUGGACUACGAGCAGGACUUGCCCAUCAUGCGCGUGGUGGGGAAGCCGCUGUGCGAGGUGUGCCACUCGCACGGCCACCACCCGCCCCACCCGAAGACGCUGCUCGAGGACAUGCUCAAGUGCCGCAUCUGCGGAAACAGCUACCACCUGCGCUGCCUGCGCGCCGCCGGACUGCCCAAUCAGCCGCGAGGGGCGCUGCUCGACCGCCACGCGUGGUCUUGCAUGAAAUGCGAGACGCUGGAGCUCCUGCUGAGCGACACCGAGCUGCACAGCGCGCUCGACGCCGUCGGGAUGGGCGCGCAGCAGGCCGCGGCCAGCGCCCUCACGUGGCCCUGCUUCCUGGCGCUGCACGAGCGCCUCUACGCGGGCGCGCGGGACGAGCAAGGGUCGCUACCGCACGGAGUGAUGGGCCUGCUGCGCGAGGACUUCGCGCGCUUCGACCGCGACCACGACGGCUGCAUCUCGUGGGCGCAGGUGCUCACCCGGUUCGUGCUGCAGGUCCUGCGGCAGCGGCACACUGACAAGGAGCUGGUGUCGCUGCUGAAGCCCGCGGAGGUGCGCCUGCUCAAGGAGGAGUUUGCCCUUCGAGACACCCACAACGGUGGCGCCAUCAGCGUGGCCGACGCGAGGCGCGUGGUGCACGAGUGGCGAGACCACAUGGCUCUGACCACCAGCGUGGAAUUUCUCGUGGAUCGGAUUCGCGCCGCCAGUGACCAUCCGGACCCCGACAGGCAUCUGGGUGACGUCGACAGAUUUGUGACGUGGAGCCGCUUCCUGUGCGUCAUGGCGCUUCCGGUGAUCGCCGCGCGGCCAAACACGUGGGGAGGUCCCGACUACGUGGCCUUCUUGGAGGACGACCACGUCGGUCUUCUCGGCUCGAUGCGCUUCCCAUUCGACGGGGUCUUGGAGUCCAAGAGCGAAGCAGCGGCGAGCGCCGAGUCCGAAGACGAGGACGACUGAGAACGGCGCACUGCGCGUCAGCGACUGUCUUAAAUCUCCUGUUUCGAAGGGCGUCGCGCAUUAACGCUUUAAGGACCUCUCUCGCGAACCAGAAGCAGCGAGAACUUCGGGUGGCGCAGCUUCGGCCGUCUUAGUGCCGUGACGUCGCUCGCUCUUCAUGACGUCGCUUGCUUCGCUGUGACGUCUUUUGAUCCCGGAAACACAACGUUUAUAACUUUACGCGGUAAACUUCGAGGCUGGCCACGGUAUGACGGCCGUUUAUCUGCAGUGCAAGGGCCAGAGCGAUAAUGUGGAACAAUUUGGAAUAACGACGAUCAGAAUAUGACGGGGCUCUGUUCAAGAGUGUUAGCACAAUAUUUUUCGUUAUGUUUUGUACAGGUUCGUUAAAGUAUCAUGCCGCAAGUAAUAUGAUGCUUCGUGUUGAUCAAUU